GGAGGGCGCGGAAGGGAGGGGAAGCACCUCUGCCGCUCUCCUUGCCUCCUGUGCGCAGUGCUCCGGCCCAGCCGCUCCUACCUUCCCACAUCAUUUCCUCCCCACAGCUGGCGUCUCCCCUCUGUCUGAUGCAGGCUUUCUUCUCACUAACCGAGCUGGAGCAAAGACUUCGGAGGGGUGGAAUGACCGUCUGCCUGCUCUGCAUGGUCUGAAUCUCGGGAAAUUCGCACGUCGAGAGUCAAGUGGGAAGAAAGGAGACUCUCCAUCCCCGAGGGAUUUUAUUUUACAGAGGUAUGCCAGUACCUGAGGUGGUGUCUGACAGUGCCAGCGCCGCCGUCGCCAUGUUGAGCCCCGUCCUCAAUGCCUCCAUCGGGGAUGGCUCCGAGUCUGAAACCACCUCUGCCAUCCUCGCCUCUGUCAAAGAACAGGAGUUGCAGUUUGAACGUCUGACCAGGGAGCUGGAAGCCGAACGGCAGAUCGUUGCCAGUCAGCUGGAGAGAUGCAAGCUUGGCUCUGAGACUGGAAGCAUGACUAGUAUCAGCUCUGCAGAUGAGAAGUUUCGCUGGAACCACCGAGAUGGGCAGAAGGACAUAGAAGAAGAGCUGACAACAGGUCUGGAACUGGUGGACUCGUGCAUCAGAUCACUUCAGGAGUCGGGCAUCUUGGACUCCCAGGACACCACUGCAGGAGACAGACAUGGACUGCUGUCUCAAAGCGCUUUGCAGCUUAACAGCCAAGAUGCGUAUGUAGCCGCUGGGUACCAUGGCAGUCAAGCUCUGACACUUGGGGAAACAAUUGCAGCUCGCAGCGGGCAAGUCGGAGGGGCAGUUCACAGCUACAACCAGGGGACAUCCAGUCGUGUAGCGGCCCAGUUAGUGGGCACAGACUGUCCCUCGCAGUCCCAGAGAGAGUCGUUUGCCCAGCAGGCCCUUGGCAGCGCCCUACACAUGUCCACUGAUGGUGGACCUGCUCCUGCUGGACCAUCCAUGUAUUACUCCUGUGCCACUUUGCCAGCACAGCGUGUGAGCUCCCCUCUGCAGGCAGUGGGAUCCCCUACCAAGCUGCAGCGCCUCGGAUCAGCCUCUGCCGACAUGCCCAGCUACGCCACGCUGCAGAGAGUCUCCUCACCCAAACAGUCACCCAGCAGACUUGCCAAGUCCUACAGCACUUCAUCACCCAUCAAUAUUGUAGCAUCGGGGAUCGCCGGCUCCUCCUCCCCUCUUUCAACGGCUGCCUCCCCCGGGGGAAACCAUGCCUCUUCACCCAUCCACCAGCUCAGCUCGGCAGUGGGAAGCUACGCCACGCUGUCUCCCACCAAGCGCAUGCUGCAUCACAUCAGUGGAGACAGCUAUAAGAUUUCCCACGAGCUUUACGCCAACGCAACCCUGAAAAGGCCAGGUAGCCUGGCAGGUAGAGGCUCCAGAGGCUCCUACAGCAGCCAGCACAGUCACCUGGGCUCUGAACUGCGACCCCUUCAGUCUCCCGAACAUCACAUUGGCCCCAUCUAUGAAGACAGAGUCUACACCAAACCCAGCCUCAGAGGACAAGUGGUGAACCAGUUGUACCAAGAAGUCCUCAAUUAUCUGUUUUAUCCUUACACUCCUGUUCCCACUCUAGCCCCAUCUUCCCCCGGUGUUGAUCCAAUCCCCUUGCAGCGAACGGGAAGUCAGAGCACCGCUGCCACCUUCCAGAGAGGCAGCUUUGCCACAGGAAGUGGAGCCGCUGACUACGCCAAUCCUUACCGCACUCUUCAGUUCUGCCCAUCGACUGAGUCGCCUUACAGCAAGUCAGGCCCCGCCCUCCCACCUGAAGCUGCCCUGGGCCGGUCUCCAUCAGUGGACAGCAUCCAGAAGGACCCAAGGUACGACCCUGAAUUCCUUGUGUGGAAUCAAAAUCAAGCCGAGCAAAGAAUGACAAAGGAGUUUGGCUGGAGGGAUCCAGAGCUGCCAGAGGUAAUCCAGAUGUUGCAGCAUCAGUUUCCAUCAGUCCAGUCCAACGCUGCUGCCUACCUUCAGCAUCUCUGCUUUGGAGACAACAAGAUCAAAUCUGAGAUACGACGACAGGGUGGAAUCCAGCUGCUGGUGGACCUAUUGGACCACAGGAUGACAGAUGUGCAUCGCAGUGCCUGUGGAGCUCUGAGGAACCUGGUCUAUGGCAAAGCAAAUGACGAAAACAAGAUUGCCCUGAAGAAUUGUGGAGGUAUACCCGCUUUGGUACGACUGCUCAGAAAGACCACAGACGUCGAGAUCCGAGAGCUACUAACAGGUGUUUUGUGGAACCUGUCAUCGUGCGAUGGCCUGAAGAUGCCCAUCAUCCAGGAUGCCUUGGCUGUGCUGACCAAUGCUGUGAUCAUCCCACACUCUGGCUGGGACACCUCUCCACACACUCAGGAGGACCGAAAGCUGCACCUACACUCUUCUCAGGUCCUCCGUAAUGCCACGGGCUGCCUCCGGAAUGUAAGUUCUGCUGGUGAGGAAGCUCGGAGGAGGAUGAGGGAGUGUGAAGGCCUAACAGACGCUCUGCUCUACAUCAUUCAGACCGCUCUAGGGAGCAGUGAGAUUGACAGCAAGACUGUGGAGAACAGCGUGUGCAUCUUGAGGAACUUGUCGUACCGUCUGGCGGCGGAGACUUCUCACAGCCAGCAGAGCGGGUCCGAGGAGCUGGACGGUCUGUUGUGUGACACCGGAGGAAAAGACGCUGAGAGUUCUGGAUGCUGGGGCAAAAAGAAGAAGAAAAAGAAGGGGCAUGAUCAGUGGGACGGCGUCGGCCCAUUUCCAGACUUGGCCGAGCCCCCGAAAGGCAUCCAGAUGUUAUGGCACCCCACCAUCGUCAAGCCCUACCUCACUCUGUUGUCUGAGUGCUCCAAUCCAGACACCCUGGAGGGAGCAGCUGGGGCUCUGCAGAACCUGGCUGCUGGCAGCUGGAAGUGGUCCGUCUACAUCCGAGCGGCAGUACGGAAAGAGAAAGGUCUGCCCAUCCUGGUGGAGCUGCUGAGGAUAGACAACGAUCGGGUGGUUUGUGCCGUGGCUACCGCCUUGAGGAACAUGGCUCUAGACAUUAGGAACAAGGAGCUGAUCGGUAAAUAUGCUAUGAGGGACCUGGUGCACCGUUUGCCUGGAGGCAGCAACAACAACAACACCAGUAGUGGGGGAGGAGGAAAUGCCAACAGCAGCAGCUUGGUGGGGAAGACCAUGUCGGACGACACCAUCACGGCUAUAUGCUGUGCGCUGCAUGAGGUCAUCACAAAGAACAUGGAGAACACCAAAGCCCUGAGGGACGCUGGUGGCAUCGAGAAGCUCAUCGGCAUCGCCCGCAGCAAGGGAGACAAAAUUCCCAGACAUAAUCCCAAAGUGGUGAAAGCAGCGUCUCAAGUCCUGAACAGCAUGUGGCAGUACAGAGACCUACGCAGUCUUUACAAAAAGGAUGGUUAUUCUCAGUACCAUUUUGUUGGCUCCUCCUCCACAAUAGAGCGAGACAGACAGCGACCUUAUUCUUCCUCUCGCACUCCUUCCAUCUCUCCGGUGCGGACUUCCCCCAACAAUCGAUCAGCGAGUGCUCCUGCAUCCCCAAGAGAGAUGAUGGCACUGAAGGAGAGAAAGGCAGACUACGAGUCGACUGGCAAUGCCAGUUUCCAUGGCAACAAGGGCGAGCACACGUCCCGGAAGGACGCCAUGGCGGGACAAAUCUCUGGUGGAUCUUCGACUCUUCAUCGAGGAGCAUAUGUGUCUCCUACUGAUGACCUAAAGUAUAAUCAGAUUUCUUCACAAGGCUUACAAUCGGAGCCCUACCCUCCUUUCCAAAACCCUCCCCCGACUGACAAUGGCAACUACGAGGAUCAGGCCUUCUACGAGAACCAGGUUCACGCAGGAGGUCGGCCACCACAGGGGGAUCUCAAUAUGCACCUGCAGGGCCUCAAGUCCACCGGGAACUAUGUAGACUUCUACUCGGCCUCGCGGCCGUACAGUGAGCUCAACUACGAGACCAGCCACUAUCCAGCCUCACCAGACUCUUGGGUCUGAAGGGACACAAGGGUGGAGGAAGAGGAGGAGGAGGAGGAGGACAAGAUGAAGGAUGGAAUACAAAACAGAAAGUGAGCAUAGUUGAAGGGUGGAACGAGAUCUGGGAGGACAGUUUCUCACCCUCCUCAUCCUCCCCUGUAGUUUCUGAGUAGCAUUAUAGACAGGACAGAGGAAGGACGGAGCACAAGAAACAGAGACACGUGGACGGGACAUAAGUCUCCUCUCAGAGUCGUGGAGGAAGGAGCAAGAGGAGGCAAAAACAGACCGGAAGAGCAGCCACGCAUGUGCAUGCACACUACCAACCGAUCUGACACACAUUUUGUUUCUGUGUUCAGUUCAAGAUCCAAAACUGUGAGAGAUGGAGGAAAGACAUCUGGGCCAGGAGGCUUUUGGCUAAAGAACGUAAUAGAGACGGGUAUGGCGAGGCUGUCUGUGGGGAAACUUGGAGGUGCGACGUCGCCAAACAAGUAAAGAUUAUAAGGAAUGGUGAAAGAGGAAAAGAGACUCCAAAGGGAAGCAAAACGGAAUGUGUCAGAGAAGCCUGGUUUAUCCCUGUAAAUAUGUGGUAUAGCAACAUGGCUUGUAGUAACGUGAAGCACAAGAAGCAGAGCCGUAGGACAUGCAGUACAUCAUGCAAACUUUGGUUUCUCAUCACGAUGUAUCCUCCUCCGGGCGGAGAACACCUCUGGACUUCUUGAUCAUUUGUAACACUUUUUAUUUCUCUUCUUUUCUUUGGUUGUGUUUUUACUUUUUUAAACCCUGAUUGUAAAGUAUUUGGUGUACAUUCACAGAGAUGCAUUGUGUCCUUGUACAUUGCACUAUUUUCUGUGUCAUGUCUGGCCUUUCGCCUCACACUCCUCGUUUAAUAUCACGCGUAAUGCACUCCUAACUCGCCCGUCUACUUGUUCCAAAUGUGAAACACUGGUUGUGAAACGCCGGGUCACGGUGCUCCUACUUUGAUGAUGGUACCAGCUGCCAGAACGUCUACCGAGAGGUUUAAACACGAGCAGCAUCUUCUGCUCCACUUGCUUUACUUUUCUAGGCUCACUUACAUGUUUUGGUACUUAUCUGUUUUGUAUUAACGUCACAAAUCCUCUCUUUUUGUUCAGGGGGAGCCCUUCCUUCUAGUGACCUGUCCUUCAUUGUGUAAAUAACCGUGCCAAACAAGCGUUUUUUCCCCCCCUCAGCUAAAUGGGGGGACGUUUAGGGUGCAUUAUAAAAGGGUCCAAAUAGAGCUGAAGGUUUUCAGCUAAACAUCCUUGAUGCCAGUUUGUACAUGCUUUGUUUUCUGUUUGGUUUUCUUAAACGUGUUUUGCUGAGAACAAGUGAACACUAGGAUUAAGUUUUUUUUAAACGAGGGGCAAAAACUGGAGAAAGAAAACCCCAAGGGGCAGCAAAACUGGGCGGAGCUUAACUUGCUUGAACGUUGUACAAAAUUAGUAGACUUCUGUGUUGUAAAAUAAUCAAUGUUUAAAGUACGAAAAAAAAUUGAAACACUUUUUUGAGAGAUGGGUGGCAAUCCUAACUUCAUGGUAGACAAAUCUGUUAAUAGAGUAUGGAUAUAUAUUAUAUAAAUAUAAAUAUAUACUUUUUAUGUGCAGAUGUGGAUGUCACUAAUAGCAGCAACAUUAUGGGGUUAAAGGCUUGUAUUAAAAAAUACAAAAAAAUACAGCUACAUGUAGGCAUUUUGUUCACAUCUUCUUUUUUCUGGUCAACACACUAAAUCGUCAACUUUGUGUAGUAAUGUUGUUGCUAUGUGGAGUAGAAUAGACCGGGGCCCGGGGAUCCGCUUUGUCAGUCCAAAAAGGUGCUACAUCCAGAGAAGUAUUACCAACACGUCUGUAUUUUUACAGUGGCCACCUCUCCAGUGUGUUAGCAGAUUAUCAGGUGGGAGUUCAGUUGAUCCCAUCGUGUCUAAAAGUAAAAAAAUAAAAUGCAUAAGUAUUUAUCAUCAGGACUUAAUUGUAGAGGAUGACAACAGACCCCGGCCCUCCCUACCCACUGCUGUUUUAGAAGUCUUAGGGGGUCAUCUUCCAAAGCUUGAACAACGACUCGUGAUGCAAGUGCUCCCCACAAACACACACUGGAUUUAAAAAAGAAAAGAACAGAAACAGAUGUGCUGUAUUUGUUAGUAUGCAUCUGGAAACUGACAACAUUCUGUAUGUCUUUGUGAUCCUUAGGCAGAAAACCUGACUAUAAGACCUGUAUGGAGAUAUAACGUCGGUGACCUUUUUUGUUGCUAGACCAAAUGUGUUUUAAAGAGACAAUUGUGAAUCUUUCUAUUGCCUCAAACAGAUUGCAACUGCUCCAAAAAUAUAAACGGACCAUUGAAGAACAUCUGA